UUUCGGACAUUCUGUGCUAGCUCUGUUCCGUCAACUUGUUUCAAAUCUCCAAAACGUCUUGGGAAUCAAGCAAUUAUAUCCAUAUACCGUGCGAUUUAUGAAGGGAAUGUUGAGUUUUUUCUGGAUAUGAUGCGAACAAAUCCUGAGCUUGUGUGGAGUGCUCCUAAGAAAACACAGGGAAGAAACAUCAUGUCACAUGCUAUUGGAUGUCGCCAAGCUACAAUAUUUAACAUCAUAUGCGGCCUUCAUGAGAAGCACGAAUUGGCAAGUCAUACGGAUUUUGACGGCAAUACCGUUCUACAUAUGGCAGGGAUGUUGCCAAAUACCCCUGUGCUUAGUCACAUUCCAGGCGCAGCUUUAAAGAUGCAAAGAGAACUACAGUGGUUUAAGAAGGUGGAAAGUAUUGUUCAACCCAAGAUUAAGGAACAUAUGAACAGCCAACAUCUUAAGCCCCGGGAAUGUUUUUUCGAGGAACACAAAAACAUGAUGAAAGACGGAGAACGAUGGAUGAAGGAUACAGCAACUUCUUGUACAGUGGUAGGUGCUCUCAUAGCUACUAUUAUGUUUGCUGCAGUCUUCACCGUUCCAGGCGGUAACAACCAAACUACAGGGUUCCCAAUAUUCUCAGAGGAAAAGUUGUUUAUACUCUUUAUAGUAUCAGAUUCCUUGUCACUUUUUUCUUCCUCAACUUCAGUGUUGAUGUUUCUGGGAAUUCUCACAUCACGCUAUGCAGAAGAGGAUUUCCUCAAAUCCUUACCGACAAAGAUGAUAAUCGGUCUUUCCACUCUUUUAUUCUCUAUUACAACCAUGAUGAUAGCCUUUUCCGCUGCUGUUUUAAUUAUUCUACAAAAAUCAUGGAUGGUCAUUCCUGUCAUUUGUUUGGCCAGUGUCCCAGUUACCUUAUUCGUACUGAUGCAAUUCCCUCUUCUUGUUGAGAUGUCUGUUUCAACUUAUGGAUCAAUCUUCGAUGAGAAAAUAAAGCCCUUGCGGUUCACUUCUCGUGCAAUAUAG